CAGAAGAAGAAACUGCCCUUUGCAAACAGGAGCAGCGCGCCGUCGGCGCCGCCCCAGCAGGCGAAAGGGAAGUACCGCGGACCGCUCCCCAUCUGUAGCAGCGCCCGGCCCUCGGAGGCGGGACGGGGCUUCCCCCCCUGCAAGGCUGCGAGGCGGGAAGGAAACCCGGCGCUCCGCUUUCUCGCUCCCUCCCUCCUCGCGCUCUCCAAAGUGCUCGUAGCCCACAGCGCGAGCGGAGCUCCCGGGCCUAGCAAGGCUCCCAUUCCCGGCUGGCCAGGAAGAAAGAAGGAGAAGGCAGCUCCCACAGCAGCAGCAGCGGCGACAUGGGCUCCCCCACGGACACCCACGAGAUGAAUGGGCUGACCGCGGAGAACGGCGACGCGACGCCGCCCGAGCAAGUAAGGAACGCCCCGGGGGAAAGGGAGAGGGAGUGCGCGCGCGCGGAACGGCUUUGCAGCAGCCGCGGGCUAUUGAGCGCGCUUUCCGCGAGUCCGGCGUCGCCGCCUGAGGGAGAAGAGGAAGGCAGGCGAAGCCGCAGGCGACGGGGAGCUGGCGUUUCAGACGCCGUGCGCCCUGAGGGGCCUUGUUUGUUUCCAGGGCGGCAAAACGGGCAAAAGUCCGCUCUGGGAGGCAGCUGGGGGGAGGACGGGGACGUAGAGGAGACCUGUCUUGCCUGGCCGAAAAGACAUUAGGAAAGCGGCGAGGUCAGUGCCAGCCUGGCUGCUGCUUGGCAGGGAUUUCCCGCAAAUCUCAGCCAGCCUCCCGCAAAUCUCGGCCUCCGGGGAAGGGCAGGGAGUAAACAGCGAGGGCGGCUUCUGGGCGACGGAGGAAGGAAAAGGAGCCUCUGGGCCCAGGCUGGCAGGAGAUUUGUGUUCCCUAGUUCUGCUGCACUCACAGCUGCUUUUGCAUAGUGUAGCUGGGGCAACCCCGGCAGACGGGUGGGGUACAAAUUAUUAUUAUUAUUGCCCAUCACUGUCACAGUGAAGAGUGUUGGAAAUGAAAAUAGCCCGAAAGACGAGGAGCCAGAGGAUAGCUUUCUUCUACUGAUCUACAAAAGAAUGUAAACAAGUGAUCAGGUGACAUGUAGACUUCAAAAUGAGCAGGGAAGUGCAUCUGGCCCAGGAGGAAUUCAUGUCCUUAAGCUGAGGGCUUGCCAACUGGAGUUUACUUGUGUUUUCCCCAUGACCCACCCAGUUACCACCUUAGAGAGAAAAGAGGUGUGGAGCGGUAUCCGUGGCAACAGAACCUGAUUUCACUGAAAGUCUGUUUUGAAGCACUGGUCCAUCCUCCUAGAUCAGGGGUCAGCAAACUUUUUCAGCAGGGGGCCAGACUAGAUUUUUUUUAAAAAUGAACGAAUUCUUAUGCCCCCCAAAUAACCCAGAGAUGCAUUUUAAAUAAAAGGACACAUUCUACUCCUGUAAAAACACACUGAUUCAUCCAUGACAGGUGGCCAUCCAACCUCUGUUUAAAAACAUCCAAGGAAGGAGAGUCCACCACGUCUUGUGGGAGUCUGUUCCACUGCUGAACAGCUCUUAAGUGUCAGAAAGUUUUUCCAAAUGUUUAGUUGGAAUUUCCUUUCUUACAAUUUGAAGCUAUUGGUUUGAGUAGUACCCUCCAGAGCAGGAGAAAACAAGCAUGCUCCCUCCUCCAUGUGACAGCACUUGAGAUAUUUGAAGAUGGCCAUCAUAUCUCCUCUCAGUUUCCUCUUUCCCAGGCUAAACAUACCCAGCGCCUUCAAGCACUCCUCAUAAGGCUUACUUUCCAGACCCUUGAUCAUCUUCGUUGCCCUCCUCUGCAAGCAUUCCAGCUUGUCAACAAAUUUAUUAUAUUACAUUGGUACUGUUUGCCCUGCCCUGCUCAUUUUGUUUUGAUUUUCAUACAAAAGCUUGCCCUUCCUCUUGUCAAAUUUCCUUAGAUCCAAUUUCAGUUCCCCUUUCCCUCUGAUGUGAGAUAUUGCUGGAUGGGGAGCUAGUAUCCACUUGCUCAUUGGAGCUGUUUGUCCUGUCUGAAAAAGGCAGGAGGUCCUUUGUGCUAGGGUGCACCAGGGCUCAGCCCUGGCAUUUAAGUGCCACAGCUCAAAGCAACACACAACAAAGGCGGAACAGAUUCAAAGCCAUAGAUUCAAAGGCCAAGGCUUUGGCUUCCUAGUCAGCUCCUGCUCCCACCACCAACUUCCUCCCCUCACCCAGUUCCACUGGCAAGUGCAGAAGACUUGGGAGAGGGAGGUGAGGAUCUCUCUCAUUUGUAUUGGACUUUAGAGAACAUCAACAAGAUGUUCUCUUGUCCAAACCUUAGAAAUAAACCCCUGUUAGUCUCCCAAGUCUUCUGCUUUUGCCCUAGAGUUUGGAAGAGAUUUGGGGGUGGGGAGAUGUUUCUUGUGUUGUUAGAAUAGGGUAAGAAUACUCCAAGGAGGGGAUAUGUGCUCCUGGGUUCUCUUCCUCAGAAGAUUAGAAGCAUUUGUCCCUGGUGAUUUGUUGAGUAGAUUUGUGGACACUUGAAAAUGCCUCUAAGUCACAGAAUGCAUUUCAGUUACUACUGAGCAACUACUGAAUCCCCCCUCCCCCAUCAUAGAUUCAAGAGAAGGGCUUUCAGUUCAUAAGCGUGGUGUUUCAAGAAAUCUCCUCUUUGUCUAAGAAAAUUUAAGCAUAAGCCUAUCAGAGUGGGAGUUCUCAUCAUAACCGCCUUGAAAAUGGAUUAUUGGCUGGUGGCGAAUCCUCAAAUUUUUGAUUGGUUUCUUAGUUCACCUUUUUGGGGGAAACAUGAUUGAACUUGUAGUUUAUUUUGCAACUCUAAGCAACUUUGGGUGGUAGACAUUUUUUUGAUAUGCUUUAGUCUGGUUUCUGGUUUGGUCCUCAGACUGAGAUUGCUUUAUUUGCCAUGGUGAAUGAGUGGUGCCUGGAGGCUGAGAAGUUGUAAAAUCUUUUUGAUUUUACUGGACCUGUCAACAGCUUUUGAUCUAGAAGACCAUGGCAGUCCACUUGAGUACCUGAUCGACCUGCCAAGAGUUAGGGGACCGCUUUUAAGUGGUUCCUCUUCUCUCUGGCAGGACAGUUUCUGAAAUAGCCACCGGCCAACUGUUAUUUUUAGUUCUCUGCAACUAUCUGCACUUAAAUGGUUUUAUCCCAGCCAUUUUUAACAUCUGUAUGAAACCGUUUGUAGAGAGACCCUGAAGUUUUGGAGUGCAAUGUUAGCAGCAUUCUGUUGACACUCACCUCUAUAUUCUUCACAUCCAGGAACAGCAGUCUUAGAGCAUAAAGUGAGUUUUGGUGGUCAUGGAAAAUUGAAUGAAAACAAAUAAGCUGACACUGAAUUAUUGCAAAGAAGAACUAGAAGUAGUGAUGGUUUGAGAAUUCUAGAAUCUGUGGAGAUCCACUGGUGAUCACUAGAGUCGUAGCCCUGGUAGUGAUCAAGUACAAAUCAAGUGUCAUACUGCAGAUCAUAUUGUCCUAGGAUAGAGAAGUACCUGUUCAGCAUUCCUGAACAAUUUAUGAGGUCCAUGGUACUUUAGGGAUCACCUGAACCCUUAUAUCCCAGCUCUGUCGCCAAGAUCACUGUUGAUUGUGUCCUGAGUUGGGGAGGCUCAUCUGAUGUCGACAUGAAACCAAGUCUUUGUGUUAUCAUCCCAGUCCUGUGGAAAACUCUUCCAGUAGAUAUUCGGCAGGCACCUUCUGCAUUAACUUUUAAAUGUCUGCUGAAAACUUUGUUAUGCUGCCAGGCUUAUGCAGACAAUUAGGAACGAUAUUUUUUUGGAAUAGCUAGCUAGUAAUUUGUGAUUUUAAUUUGUGAGGGGAUUAUGUGGUUUUAUUUACAACAGUUUGUAUAACAGUUGAAAACUGCUUUUUAAAAUUAAAUUUGGCAUAUAAGUAUUUUUUUUUAUAAACAAACUAAUUAAAAGGCAAGGGUUAAUUGCUAAUUAACUGGCAAGUGGUAGCCUACAUAUCUCCAAGCACCCUGUUCACACCCCCAAGCUCAUUUUUCUUCCCCUGCCCCACAUGAGUGUUUUGAGUAACUUCUGAUCAGGUGUGUAAGUAAAGAAUGGACAGAGUGAGUUAAAUAUAUAACAAUUACAAUCAAUCAAUCAAUCAAUCAAUAAUUUAUGGAAGGUUUAGUUUUGCAUUCCACCAGCCUCCCCCCUCCCCCUCGCCCUGCCCAAUUCAAUCCGUUCUGAAGGCCAGUGGUAAUAUUAGUUGGGCCAGAAAUGCAUACUUGCAUACCAAAUUUACCAUGCAGAAUUAAACAAUUAGGCUUACUAGCUAACCAUUUUUAUUAUAUAUACAUUUUCAUAAGGCAGCUGCACACAGUUCAGUGGUUCUCAUUUGUAUGAAAGCAAUCGCUAGCAGCACAGAACUGCUAGUCUGGUAGAAUUUGACUUUCAGCUAAUUACUCCAUGCGUGAAGGCAUUAGAAAAUGCCUGUGUGUCAUAACAUUAAUCCUAUGACUCAGAUCCCUGUUUAUAUUCUGAUCUUAUGCAAAUGUAGGUCUAUGUGCAGGCAUGAGUGCUUCUGCAACAUAAUAGUAUGCCCACAAGCCACAGCAAGAUUCUGCUGGAUAUGAUUUUUUGGAACAUCUUCCAAGAGAAUAUUCCUGAGUAAAUUAAGACCUUGACAUAUAGACAGGAUAUAAAAUGUAAAGGCCAUAUUUUGAGAAACUGCCAUUCAUCUCAGGAAGUCUGACCUACAGAUGGGAAUGUUUUCACAUGUGGAUCUACUAUAAUGCAAGGACACAACUGCACUGCUGUGAGUGUGAAAUGCAGCAAUUUCCCUGCAAACCUUUCCCUAUUAGUACAAGAGCUUCAGGAGUACUGUUUCUGGAGUUUGCAUAAUCAGGAUCGAAAUCUCUGAAUACUUAAAAAAAAUGUUUUGUUUGCUUGAAAUUUGUUUCAAAAAAGGAGAUUUUUAAAUAUGUACUUUUAAGGGAAUGGCGCAAGUCCUCGCUAUGUUGAAUCAAAUGUUUGUUAUAACAGGGUGGGGUUAUUCAUUUAAAACCACUGAGCUUCACAUUUGAAGGCCAGGUGCAGUCUCGGCAUAAGCAAGCCUGCAGCUUAUACUUUCCCCCAUGAGGUCACACAUGCAGGAUUUGGGGGUGAGACUGUCUACAUGUUACCUUCCUUAUAAAACAGAAGCUGGAAAUGGUCUCCAUGUGAUGGGAGUCUUCAUGUACUGUGUGCAAUCAUCCAUCGCAUAAUUAUUCUGUGGUGAGUUUCUGUCUCAGCACCAGCCAUAAUAAUGUGCUGCUGGCAUAGAAACUCUCUGUGUAAUGUGAAAGAAUCAAAAGAUAGUUAGGUACUGGUGUGAAUGGUCCAUUGUGUCACGGCUGCUUCUAUGUACCUUCUUUGUGAUGAAGCUAUUUUGUAGACAAGUUCUCUAGAGCGGUUCUGCGCAGUUUUAACGGCCUAACUAUCUGUUACUGUAAAUCUAUGGUUUGGCACAUCAUCACUGUUACAACCAUUAAACGUGGAAGUCUCCAGUUCACGUGGGGACUAUGUAGAGAAGCAGGGAAGUGGGCUAUGGUCCACAUUUCUUCUAGAUUGUAGUCAAAUAUUUUAACAGGCUUUAUUUAUAAAGGAAAAUCUUCUCAUUGUAGUAUUUUUCCGUGUAUAAAACUAGGUUUUUCCCCUUAAAAAUAAUGUCAAAAAUGAGGGGGAGUCUUAUACAUGGAUACAUCUCCUCACAUUUUCUUAAAUCUGAAUCCCCAAAAAUAGGGGGCGUCUUAUACAUGGGGGCAUCUUAUAGAUGGAAAAAUAUAGCAUUUAAAUCAUACUUUACCCAGUGGCGUAGCGUGGGGGGUGCAGGGGGGGCCGGCCGCACCGGGCGCAACAUCGGGGGGGGGGGCGCGCUCGCACUCGCAGCUCUCUGCCCCUACCUGGCUCACUCACUGCAGUGCUGGCUGUGCGAAUCCGAUCCGAGCCGCUGGGUCGCCACCCACUGUGGAGGGGGUGGGUGCCAGGCGUGCGGUGCGGAGAGAGAGCGAGGGACUAUAUCUGGGGGAGGGACAGUGCAGCGGCCGCCCAGCGCAGCGCUGAGCGCGGGAGAGAAUCACACCAGACCAGCCCAGGCAGCAGCAAGAAGAAGCUGGCAGCGGCGGCAGGUUAGGGGUUAGGGGGCGCAAAUUACUUGCCUUGCCCCGGGUUAGGGGGCGCAAAUUACUUGCCUUGCCCCGGGUGCUGACAACCCAUGCUACGCCGCUGACUUUACCACAGGCUUACUAGCUUCCCUAGUGCAAAUUCCUAUCAAGAGUCUUCUUCUUCUUGUUGUUGUUUAGUCAUGUCUGACUCUUCAUGACCCCAUGGACCAGAGCACGCCAGGCACUCCUGUCUUCCACUGCCUUCAGCAGUUUGGUCAAACUCAUGUUAGUAGCUUCAAGAACACUGUCCUCUUCCGUCCCCUUCUCCUUGUGCCCUCAAUCUUUCCCAGCAUCAGGGUCUUUUCCAGGGAGUCUUCUCAUGAGGUGGCCAAAGUAUUGGAGCCUCAGCUUCAGGAUCUGUCCUUCCAGUGAGCACUCAGGGUUGAUUUCCUUCAGGAUGGAUCGGUUUGAUCUUUCUGCAGUCCAUGGGACUCUCAAUAGUCUCCAGCACCACAAUUCAAAAGCACCAGCCUUUUUUAUGGUCCAGCUCUCACUUCCAUAUAACACUACUGGGAAAAUCAUAGCUUUAACUAUACGGAUUUUAAUUCUGGCUUGGGAUUCAUCCAGUCCAGCCUUUCGCAUGAUGUAUUCUGCAUAUAAGUUAAACAAGCAGGGAGACAAUAUACAGCGUUGUCGUACUCCAUUCCCAAUUUUGAACCAGUCAGUUGUUCCAUAUCCAGUUCUAACUGUUGCUUCUUGUCCCACAUAGAGAUUUCUCAGGAGACAGAUGAGGUGGUCAGAUCAAGAGUCUUAAGCAUUACUUAAGAAUCCAAAAAAAAAAAAAAGAUCUAAAUAGAAUAUGGAUGUUAAAAGACAUGUAUUCUGGGAAGCAGUUUAUUGUGGUAAUUAAGUGUUUGAGAUUUCCAAUUUAAUUCUAAUAAAUUUGCAUUUGCUACAAGUGAAUUGUUUCUUUAUGUUGAUCUGUACUAUGUUUUUCAGACAUGCUUUUGGAAAAAGUCACUGAUUUCUGAAGAGGCAAAGAAACACAUAGCUAGAGUUUAACUGGAUAUCUUAAAAGCAGUUCAGGUCUUGAUUCUGUUUAAGCCAGGGCUUAACUUAUAGAUGACAAUGCAUACAUAGAGCCAUACUACCUUGAGGAGCCAUGUCACAUCCCAUUAAUAUAGCCCUGCCUUAGCUCUUAAAUGCUCAAAGUUGGGAAAGUGAAUAAGAAGCAGAUGAGCAUGAUAGUAAGAAAACAUAUGCUUGAUGGGAACAGAGCGCAAGAUGCUAACCAGAACAAUACCCACCCACAUGCCAAGAUUAAAACACCACUUUUAAGUGCUUAACAGAUGUAAAGCUUUUUCUAGAAGAAAAGGCUAGUUAAAAAGAGAACAAGGAAGAGCUAAACAACACAGAUCACAGUUUCAAAACUAAUAAAAUAAUUCUGUACAUCUCAUGGUUCCAAAAACAUUAUAAGUAAACAAGAAGUCUAAUCCACCAGAAAAGCAGCUAGUAUUAAAAUGUAUGUUUGCUAAUCAUAGGCUUAUAAUUGUGAAGACCAACAUACAGCCCCAAAAUAAGGAGUGGGAAAUGAUUUUCUUUCAGGUUGAAAUGGGCUGCUGCAUUGGAGCUGCAGGGAGGCACCUCUUCCUACACUUGAGUAGGACCCUGGCAGAGAGAAAUGCCCGACUGGCAUGUUCUCUCCCUCCUCCCUGUAAUAUCUCCCUCAAACAUAAGUCUCAGUUCUUUCCCCCACUACCCUGCUGUUUCAGCAGUUUUGAUGCAAGCAAUCAGAAAUGAAAACAUUUUCCUGUUCCGGGAAUUAGGCAGGAGGGAGAUGCCCAGCUCUGCCUCACUUCCUAAAAAAAAAAAGUAUCUCAGUGCUGGACUUUGUUGUUUGCAGCAUUUGAUUUUAUUUCACUUCUUGUCCAACAGUUAAUAUUUGUGUGUUUUCUUCAUGUAUGCACUUGUUUAUCCCAAAAAGACAUCAGAAAUGUAUAUUCCUGAUAGAAACCUGGAUAAAUACUAUGAAGGGUCAUUUACAGAUCUCUCAAAAAUGCAGGGCAGAUUGUGUUCAUGGGCCCAGAGGGGGCGGGAGGGGGAGUCAGUGUGGUGCAGUGGUUAGAGAGUUAGACUAGGGAGACCCAAAUUCAAAUGAGACCUACUUUGCCAUGUAGCUUAAUGGGUGACCUCGGCUGGCCUAAGCCAUCUCACAGACUGUUAUCAGGAUAAAGUGGAUGGUGUAUGCCGUCUUGAGCUGCUUGGACAAUGUAUAAAUAUACUAACAAAUCAAGACCCCUGACCUCACUUUAACAAGGAGUAUGCCCCACCCUACAUCAUCCCACAUGCACAGAUGUGCAAAAAGAUGAUAUUCAAAAAAGUGGGUGUAUUUGCACAAAAACCAAUGUAACUUGAAAAAAAGUUCUAAUAACGGGGGGCGGGGGGCAGGAUGGGGCAGUAGCAGGGAGGUGGGGAAACACAUGCAUUUAGUUUAUAUCAGGGGUCAGCAAACCUUUUCAGCAGGGGGCCGGUCCACUCCCUCAGACCUUAGGGGGGUGGACUAUAUUUGGGGGGGGGCGGGGUAAGAACAAAUUCCUAUGCCCCACAAAUAAACCAGAAAUUCAUUCUAAAUAGAAGCACACAUUCUACUCAUGUAAAAAAACACCAGGCAGGCCCCACAAAUAACCCAGAGAUGCAUUUUAAAUAAAAGGGCACAUUCUACUCAUGUAAAAACACACUGAUUCCCGGACCGUCUGCGGGCUGGAUUUAGAAGGCGAUUGGGCCGGAUUCGGCCCCCAAGCCUUAGUUUGCCUACCCAUGGUUUAUAAUAACAAGAAGACUUGUACCUCUUUAGUGAGGCAAGAAAGCAAAAAUGAAGUGGAAUGCUAAUGGCUGGGGAAAGACAAUAUAUUUAUUUUCCAGAUGGCGUCAUAGAAGCUUUGUUGUCUUCUGUCUUGUGUCACCCUCAUCCACUGCUGUCUCUGUUCACAGAUUUUAAUGUUUCUGUAAUGCCUCAAAACUCUGCAAAAUCUGUUUCACCAGAGUCAAUAAUGGAACAAGAGAAUUUCUGCAUCCUGUUCCUAUGAAACAAGAUAACAUCUGACUUGGUCCAGCUCCUAAGACUCAACCAUAAAACAAUAUUCUUUUUUUCCACAAGUUCUUCAUAGGCUUGAAAUGUUUAAUGAGAUUUUGUUGAUCCAGGGCCAGUGUUUACCAGAUGACAGUAGGAUAAAAGUACUGUACAUGCUGUACAUAUGUGUAACUUGGAAAUAUAGAUGAAAGUUUUCAGGGUCCGGAUAUUGGGGUCCCCUCUUAGCCUUAGAUAUUUUGAUUGCAGGGAAGGUCUGCCCAAGUGUGUAUAUUCUGCAAGAAGGUCAGAAACCUGUUUAUUAAGUAAAUGUUGGGAAAUGCUUGCCAAAAUAUUGCACAUUGAAGUUCUACUUCCCCCACAACUCAGAGCUUCCUUGAUGGAGUAGGACCAAAAGUUCACAUGGCACAGCAUCCUGUUCCCAGCAGUCUCUGCUUCAGAGACGCCCACAAAGUUCACCACCCCAGCUCUGUUUGGCCUUAAGCUCUCCCAUUCCUCCUUUCUGCAGAGCCAAUGCAGCUUUUGCGUCCUGCUCUUAUAACUGCUUCUAAUCAUUUCCUGUCUCCUCUCCUAGCCCUGUCUUACCCCAUCCUAUUCCAUUCCACCCAUCAGGAGGUGUGUUGGGCAGGAAGAAAUGCAAAAAAGAGAGCUGUAAUGACCAGGGAGCUAUUGCUUCUUUUCCACCCAGUGGCUCGCAUGGGUCAGGGGAGGUACAUAUGUACUCCUUCUCCUGCCAUAUAUACCACUCCUGUUUUCCUGGCAGCACUGUUCUUCUUCCUUAGACUAAAUGCAUGUGGUCCAUAGGUUAGGGUAGGGCACAGGAAGCAGGUGAAGCCUCUGCCUGCCCAGGGAAAGAUGCGCUAUCUGUCCAUGCCUUUAAGAAUGUGUGGGAUGUUGCUGUCCUCAUUCAUGGAGGUCCCUGUGGAACUGACCCUGUUUAAUGGCAAAAAGAUCCACUGGCAGCAGAUAGGCUUCCCUCAGGACACCUUGGCUCCCAUGGUCCCCUCUCCUUUCACACACAAAUGCCAAAGUUGUUCCCGCUUUGGCCAGCUGCGCAUGUGCACAAGAGUGCUAGCGUGAUGACAGUCAUACGUUUUUAUGUAUAUAGGAAGAUACUCUGAAAUUAGGGCAAAUUUACCCUAUUAAAUUAUCUUUUUUUUCCAUUAGUGUGAAACACUGACUUCUUUUAUGUUUUGUAACUAGUCAUAUAAUUUCUUUCUGCCCAGAAAGUAUGUUCUUGUAAACUGAAAAGCAUGAGUCAUACUGGGAAAUUUCCAAAAACACACACACAAAAACCCCCCUCACUGCACAUUGCAUUGCAUUGCAGCAAUACUGAAGUGUCACGCUUCUCAAGGAGAGUUCCUUACCCCCAAUUUAGAGCUCAAAUAAAAGUGAAAGAAAGGAGAAGGGCAUGUUGGAAGUCAGCAGGAAAAAAACCCCAUCAAACUGAUUUAUGCUGUUAGGAAAAAUCUCCAACUACAUUUUACUGCAAAUACAUGAUCUGUGGUGACACAAUUAACAAGCUUACUGGAUGCUUAAUUGCACACCUUGUUAACUUUUUGCUUGGUAAACUGAAAUUUACCGGCUCAUGAUGGACAGGUCAAUGUUCCAUUUCCCAUGAGCCCCUUCCAUGCUACAGUGAGGGAAACCGCAUUUGCCUCAAGCAGGUUGCUGAUGUGUUGGUGAGGCCCACAAUAUCCUUUGAUAUUCAGAUAUUCAACAGGGGUAGAGGAGCAAUGAUUUGUGAGCAGGAGCUUCUGAUCAGCCAUUGUCAUUUGACAGGAUGUCUCUCAUUCAACCUGAUUUUAAUUCCACCCUGUGCCAGGAAUUAAUUUACCAUAAGUAUUAGAACAGACCCAAACUACAGUUUCUUCCAAACAAAUGUCAAGACGUUGGGAUAGGGAAAGGAUGCUGACAUGACUAUUUAUAGGAAGCUGCAAGGUGGCAUAGAUGCUGGGGCACAGAAGCACAUGGCAGAGGGAAGGGCUGGUGCUGCAGCCCGACACAGACAUGGAGGGGGCGCUCUUCCCUUUGGAACAGGCAAAGUGAGGAGACAGAGAAGGAAGGGCCAUCUGUCUUGGCAGGUGGGAUGGGGCGAGCCGACAAAGGCAAAAGUGAAACCACUUCGUAUGUAUGUGGGGGUGGUUGAGCUAACCACAGAUUGGCUGGCAGGCUGAGGGCAUCUGUGGCGCAAUGUGUGACACUUUAGAAACCUAAGGUCUGAUGAAAUGUAUAACUUACAGAAGAUUUCAUCAAAUGUUUGAAAGGACAAAUCUCAACACUAAUAGGGUUGCCAUACAUCCUAUUUGGAAUACUGUAGUGUCUGGGCUGAAACCAGCAAAAAUGUCCAGGAAAAUCUGGCCACAUGGCAGCCCAUUAAAAUUGCCAAAAAAAGGCAAGUUUUUGUGAUUUUUCCAGAAAAGCUUGACAACUUUGCAAAAAACAAACAAACAAAAAAAACAACACAACAACUUUUCUGUCCAGAUUUUCACUGUUUGGGAUAUGGCAAUCCUAACUAAACUUGUUAGUGUAAACCAAAUCGUGGUAAUAAACUUCAUUCUGCUAUUGUGAUGGGGCAUGUUUGGUGAUUUAAAAAAUAGCUACAGGCAGCAGAGUAUAAAACUUAUCUUUGUCAAACAGUGCAACUUUCUCCAAGUAGUUCUGAAGCUCUUACUUCCUACAGUUUAACCAGGACUUUACAUGAAUAUCCAUCUUACUCACUUUUUCCUAGAAUAUAACUUUUCAAACUGUGAAGGAGAGCUGCUUUCAACCAUGAAACAACCAUGACCAGUUGGUGUUCUGUAUUUAUGUCACACUGUCCUGCCAGAGAACACAGAAGGGCUUAUAUGGGGUUUCCCAUCUCAGCACUGCUCAAAGCCAGGCCCUCUUCACUUGCUUAGUUGAAAUGUGUUCUGUGCAACCUGCUUCCCAUAUAAUGUACUUUUAAACACAGCUGUAGCUUAUAGGAAACAGGGUAUUAUCACACUCUGACCAUGCUUCUAAUGCUGCCUGAAUCAUGACUCUUUGAAAUGUUGUGCCUUUCAGCCUCGAACACAAUGGCUGCAGAGAAACAGACAAAUUAACAUCAACCAUUAUGCCAAUAAGAAGAGUGCGGCAGAAAGUAUGUUGGACAUUGCUUUGCUUAUGGCGAAUGCAUCCCAGCUCAAAGCAGUUGUGGACCAAGGACCUACCUUUUCAACCUACGUUCCACUUGUUGUCCUCAUCGGCAUCUCACUCUCACUUCAGAUCAUAGUAGGCGUGCUUCUAAUAUUCCUUGGUAUGUAUAGUCACAUGAAUUUCUUCUGAUUUUGUGCCAUUUAUAGUAUUCAUUUCUCUGUUUCAAAAGAGGCAUGCUCAUAUUUUACAAAAAUAAUUGUUACAAUCUUGGUGUUCAUUUUUCCAUUUUAAAAUGGGCAUGUAAAAAGAAACUUCUUUAAAAAAUAGCUAUAUCCUACUCUUAUACAAAGUUCCUUUAAAUAGUUCCAUGUAAGUGGAUGGGCAUAUUAUUAUAUUUAUUAUUAUUAUUAUCAUCAUCAUCAUCAUCAUCAUCGUGUUCUUAUCAGAUUCUAUGCACUGCAUGAGAGACAAAAUGAAUACAUAUAAUACAUGAAUAAAUACAAUAUAGGACCAGUUCUCUUUGAAUAAGAAUAUUAUUGAUUAGCCCCUUUCAGGUAGUCCCCUUGAUGUUAUUGCAGUUGUGUCAAUGGGGAAGGUGGAGCCAACUGCUAGCCUAAUCCAUAGGUCCCUCACAGGUCGUAUCCCCACACUUGUGAGGGACAUCAACAAAGGAAAGCAGACUGUAUGCCCUGUGUGAUCAGGGUUCCCAUUCAUGAAGAAAAUAGGCUUCCAUCAGACCACGAACAUGUGCAGGUUAGGAAAUAUAUGAGCAAAUGCUACAGUAACUUUUGUUGCGUUAUUUUGCAAGGUUGCCAUGGAAUUACUUACAUGAAAUAUUUACUGAAAUAAGAUACUAAAUAUAUUCUUUUCUGAAAGCUUUCCUGAAUUUUACCAUUCAUGUUGCGGAAAAGAAGUAUCAAAAGACUACAGUUAUAACAUUUGUUUCUGAGGAGUAAUUUUUAGCUCAAGAAGUAUAUAGGAACUGUCCUUCCAAACCCUGAAUUUAUGUACCCUGAACUAUACUUUUCUUCCAUCUGAACUAUACUCUUCUUCCAUGCUAAGGAAGUCAUACUCAGUAUUUUAACUACUCUGUCAUUUUCUCUAUAAAUAGUUUUACUUUGGCUUGUAGCAUUACAACACUAUAGUCUCAUUAGGAAAUAAAAGUAAUUGCUUCAAAAGCAAGCCUUCCAAGGUUUUGAAAAGGAAAGUAGUAAAUAUGGCUUGGAAGCCAAGGACUUGUGACUGGAAAACUCCAAAGCUUGUAUAGCCUUUCACCACAAUGGGUUUAUUAUACAGGAUUCCCUUGGGCAACUUAUCAACGUCACAAUAGUUUUCUAUUACAUAAUGUUCCAGGGUACUUACGAAAGUAGCUAAAUGACAUUUCUGCUUCUGCAACAGGAGAUAAUCAGUCACUGACCACAUUUUGCUUUUACUUUUAAAGAAUAUUUAUAAACCACCAGCUCAUAAUAAAUAUCAUAAAAUAUCAUAAUUAAAUAAUUAUAAAACCAUAAAAUGCACAACAGGUGACCAACACUGAAUAAAAUUCAUUCUCUGAUGAGGAAAACGAAAAUGUUUUAAGCAGGCAACAAACUAUCAGGAUUGUAGAUGCUUGUCUGAUUGCAAUAGGAAAAUUGUUCCAAAUUACUAGUGCUACUAUGCUUGGUUCAUUCAGAAAUGAAACAAAUGUUCAUCUGUUUAGAAAGUAUAAACAUGAAGUCAAUUUAUAAGGAACAAAAGCAACUUAAGAUGCUGUCCCCCUCCAUGUCAGCUGGUCAGGAAGGGGAUAAUGUUUCUCAGACACCUUGUGGAACAUUGAGUCAGAUCCAAAUUUGCUCAGAGCAGACGUCUCUGAACUAAAUGCUCCCAAGAGCAAAAGCAGAGAAGGCAGUUUUGGGCAAUUCCUCUUUCUCCAUACAGCCACCUAUCCUCCCUAACCCCCCCCCUCCAAAAAUCCACUUUUCGCAGAAGAAUGAGUCUAUACCUGUGAUGAGUAUGAGUUACUCGUGCGUAAACUGGUGCCUCUCUAGGCUAAUUUGCCUUGUUAAACCUUUCUGACUGCACAGCCCUUUCUAAUCAUGACUGCCUCAGUCACUGGCAGAAUCCGUCAGUGGGCGUUUCUUGAAUCUCUUCCAACAUAAGAGUUGUUUGACACCCAGUCUCCUCCUCCUCUCACUGCGCGGGAGCCUUCUGCGCAGGGAGGGCGUAGGUAGCGGAGGACCUGUCCCCUCCUCACUGAGUUCCAGUGAAGAGUCCGGGAGCCCUCUCUCCGAUCCCCCAUCUGCCCACCUUUGUUCCUGGUGUUGCGCUUAAAUGCUUCCCCCUCCACUGAGCUGCUUCUCCCCCUGCUGCUGGGUCCUUCUCCAGCAUCAUCUAGGAGCCUCCCCUUCGCCUCCCGUUCCGAUGUCAGUUCCCUGACAAUACCCAACUGGAAGUUUUCAUCAAAUGCUGUGAUUUUAUAUUUUGUUUGUAUGAAAUGAAAGCACGUUGUGAGGGCUUGGCUUUAAAAAGCACUUUUACACUUUUUAAAAAAUAGAUUUUAAAUACGUAACAAAUAAUGUUGGUAGAGUAUGAGAUUCUUAAUCCUGGCGUCAUGGGUUCAAGCCCCACAUUGGGCAAAAAGAUUCCUGCAUACCCAUCCAGUACAAAAGGCAGGGUUGAAAACGUUGGUUUAUUGGCAGCCUCAGUUUCACCUCAAAGUUUGCCUUCAGUAAUCAUUUUUCUUGAUUCAGGGUAGAACUGCGUAGUCCAAAUGUUGGGCUACUUUCCCCCCUAUCCACACAGUGAUAUUGAGAGGUUUAGAGGAGCAGCUCACUUUGCUUGUUAUCAGGCCUGUUCAUUUUAGGGCAGAAAGUGAAGGAAGGAAGUGGUCAGAUCCGUAGCCAGAGAGAUGUUUUGUUCCAAAUGUGGCCUGGCAGCUUCUCUUGCCAGAUUCCAAGCCUAUAUUUUAGCAGUAGGACUCUUCCCCUCCCCCUUUACAGUGGUACCUCAGGUUAAGAACUUAAUUUGUUCUGGGGGUCCAUUCUUAACCUGAAACUGUUCUUAACCUGAAGCACCACUUUAGCUAAUGGGGCCUCCCGCACCGCCGCUGCGCGAUUUCUGUUCUCAUCCUGAAGCAAAGUUCUUAACCUGAGGUACUAUUUCUGGGUUAGCGGAGUCUGUAACCUGAAGCAUAUGUAACCUGAAGCGUAUGUAACCCGAGGUACCACUGUAUCUGUCUUUUAAAUUGCGAGGGCCAGAGAAGUUUAAAUCCUUCACCCCUGUGUCCUGUAUUGCCAUGCUGCAAAUGAGAGCAUAGAUUUGCUUUCCUUGAUCCAAGUUGAAUUGGGAAUUGAGCUAAAGCGAACUAUUAACCUGUUUUAAAAUGCCAAGAUUACCUGCCCAGAUCACACUUUAAAAGAAAGAGAGAGCAAACGCUCUGAAUGUGGAAUGUCUCCUUUUGGUGGCACUGAAGUUCAAAUUUAUUCAUCAGGCAACCAAAUACAGACAUUCGUCCCAUAGAUUCUGUAGUACCAAAAACCCUUUUGUAAGACCUUUUUCAUUGGCAGGGGGAUGAAAUAGAUUAGGCUACAUGAAAUGACAGUGGGAUUGGAUUACUAUAAUAAAAUGCUUAACAAUACCUGUACUUAAGAAUGGUUUCAAGUUUAGCUCUAUUGUGUAGUACUACAAUAAUGAAAUAAGAUUACUGCAAUUCCCUCUGAAAGCUCGGAGCCUGGCUUUGUUAAUAGACAGUGUUGCAUUUUAAAAGAAAUAAUCAAACCCAUACUUUAUAUCUCCAGUGCUGGUGAAUCACCAGAAACUGGGUGAUGUCUGAAUGCAUAAACCAGGGAGUUACACCCUGAGCUCACUGGUUUCUUUCCUGCCAGCAGCCCACCUCAUUGAUUAGAGCAUUACAGUAUUAUUAUUUUUCUAACAGCUGUGUCAGCUCUUAAAAAUCAUGUUGUGUAAUAGCAGUCACUCUGGACUGCUUGCAUUUCUUGGAAUCAUUGUGAUUUUAGAAGAAAGAGGAUAGCAUCCACAUGAUUGAGUCUGUACACCAAAGUUAAUUUUAGGGCACGCAUUUCCCACAGAGAGCAGCUCUUCCCAUCAUACAAGAUAUCGCUUUCGAAAUUUUUGGGAGUUUCCAAAGCUGAUAGUGAUGUAAUAUGGGAAGUCUUCUGUUCAAAUAAAGAAAAAGAGAUUUCGUUGAACCUGCACAUGCUUCAAUCUGGCAUUUCUCAACAGUUUCUUUGAAUCAUGGUUCAUAUCAUAUCAGCUGCAAACUUUAUUUUGAAAAGUCUGAAUUUAAAAUUAAGCAUUUUUGGAUCCUCUCCAGUCACUUCAUGGUGCUUUUAUCUGUCUCAAUAUGAGGCUAUGUUACCCAUCCUGCCUAAUGCUUUUGAAAAAAGUAUCUUGCUCUUCGUUGAUUGAACUUUGUUACUAUUUUUUUUCAUAGUACUCUGCUCUGUAAUAGAUUGAUUGUGCUGUAUCAACAGCUUAUCACAUUUGAAUACUGAAAUAACUGAGCCUCGUUUCUCCCUUAUUACUCCUAAUUCCUCAUAGAAUGCAGUGUUCUGGCAAUUAGGAGAGUCUGGUCUGUUGCAUGGUUAGGAAUUUGAUUGUGGAGAAAUGUGGCCGGGUUUAAUUUCGGAGGACUGGGAGGUUCACAUCAUAUAGCACCCAUGGGUCAUGGUUCACUGAUUCUUUAGAUUCUGCCUCACGUCUGUGCAAACUUUAUUUUUAAAACUAUGAAUUAAAUAUUAAGCAAUUUUACAUUGUUUCCAGACAAGUGAGAGCAUUUUGAAAAGCAGUAUUUAUAAAACAUGAAGAAUCUGUGUAGUUGGAAUUUUUAUUGUGCUUCUUAUUUUGUACAAGCCACUUUAAACAAUUCAAAAUAAGAGGAGACUUUGGUGCUAAGUCUUUGCUAAUGCCAAUUUCUCCCAUUCAUAUUCUCACAAUAGUUUCCAUCUCACAAAUUUCUGUGGUAGGAAAAACAAGACAAAACCAUCACUGCUCAAGUUGCCCUAGUAUUCUCCUGCCUUAUGGAAAAUCUGCUCAUAGAAGGUCAUCUGAGGAGAGCCUUCACUCUCUCCAAAUGUGGAGCAGUUCCUUCAGACUUCAUGCAAUUCCAUACAAGAGCAUGCAUAUUUAAUACGGCCCAUUUAUACAUUUUUCAAAACCUGAAAGUAAAAAUAACACGAUGCAAAUCCCAUCUCUCUUUUCAUCCUGCUCUCUUUCCACCUCAGCCACUCAGGCAAAGAAAAAAUGCAAGAAAACAGCAGGUAAUUGUGAUUCACACAACUGAAGCCCAUCGCUUGCAAGUCCAUGUCAUUUAGUUGAGCAGGCAUAAAUGUUUUCUUUAGUAAAAAAUAAAGCAGUAGGAGGUAAGCAGUGAGCUCAUUUAGAAUUCAAAGGUCGGAGAGACCAGGAAGAAACCUGUGGUAGAGGCUUUUAAAUAAUCUUAAGCAGCACUGCCUCUGGUAACAAGGUAGCAAGAAAUGGAUAAAGCAAAGCAAAUGACAAAAUGUCACAUAAAAUUAGGGAAACUCUAGAAACAUUCUAGCUUAGGAUAGAAGACCUCAGGCCUGGUGCAGUGAGGUUGAGGGAACAUUCUUUCAAAUGUGGUGGCCCUGUAAAAGGUAAAAGAGUAUUGGGAAAUAAUCCAUAAUGAAUUGAAAAUUUAAAAGUACUUUCCCCCAAAAAACCAGAGUCCAUUUUGUUGGGGAUAACUCAGACGGAAAUUCCCAGGUGUCAAAAAAGGUCAUUUAUGUAUGCCACUUCUGCGGCCCAUGUUUUGUUAGCCCCCAAACUGAAAACGAGCGAGGUCCCAACUAAAGAAGAGUGGCAACUUCAACUCAUGAAAGAUGCACAGCUUGGUGACCUAACAUAUAGAAUGAGAGGACAAGAAGAACAUACAUUUAAAGAAGACUGGAAAAUGUUUAUUGAAUAUAUGGGGAGGAAUUGUGUACACUUGAAAUCGUUGGCAGCAUUAAGAUAAACUCAACAGUGUAGACAAGUUUUGAGGGAUGUAAUAAUGGAAUACUGAGUGGUUUAGUUUAUGUAAAAUUUGCAGGGAUUUAUGAUAUGCAAAAUGAACCAUGGAAAGAGAAGGGAAGUCACUGAUAUUUUAAGGUUGUUUAAAUGAAUAUUUUAAAUUGUAAAACAUUUGGUGUUCUCUUCAGGUCAUGUCCUAUCAAGCCACACCUCCUCACCAGGCCUGCUCCAAGCCACCCUCAAGAACUUGAAGGUGUCCUUGAACUGUGGCAAUGCUUGCCUGGAUGGAGAACAGGGACAGGUGCAUGUGUGUGAGUGUGUAUGUGUAGAAACCUGGCUUUUGUGGCUGGAAUGUAGCCCACUUAUGCAAAGAAAAGCACUCCAGCAGUUGCUCCACCCACAGUUUGCCUCUGGCUUGUGGCCUCCGAAGAUUGCCAACUAAAAAAUAAUGUCCCUCAGGCUGAAAAAGUUUCCCUGGCUGUUGUAGUUGAUAAAGCCUAGUUUGUAUGGAUGAUUAAAGUAAUCAUUUCCUUAAUAAAAAAAGCAUUUCAUUUCACCUACUACUUCACAUAUUGGCCUGUGAUUGCAAAUUCUUUGUCAAGACAGCCACUGAAAAGCAUCCAAGAAUAAUGUUUUUUUGCUUUUUUAUUAUUCGGAUAGUUGGCGCACAUAUCUCUCUUGAGUUCUACUGGCACACAAAUUUUGUUACCUUCCCUUGCUGAUAUCUCUCCCGGCCCCCCAGCAGAAUUCCAAUAAUAACAACAACAUAGUUCUCAUAUUUGUGCUUGUUUCUCAUUGGUAAUAUUUCUUUUGUUAUUUCCCCCCCUUGCAGUCAAAUAUGACCUUAAUAAUCCUGCAAAACAUGGCAAGCUGGAUUUCCUCAAUAAUCUGACAACUGGACUGGUGUUUAUUAUAGUGGUUGUGAAUAUCUUCAUUACGGCCUUUGGAGUUCAGAAGCCAAUGGACUCAAAAGUAUAGGUCAUAGAAGGUGAGUUCCUACCCAUAAUAUAGUUUCCUGAUUAUUUUUCAUCUGUGAUGUGGGUCUCUGUGUUUGAGGAACAUGGAAAAGUCCCCAGAUCUGAGGCACUGAGGGAGCCCCUCCCUUGAAUAGAGCAGCCCGUAUUUCCUCCUCAUCUGUAUUUUCCUCACGAUUUUCCUGCCACGGUUGUGGCAGGCAUGUAAUUUAGCAUCCCAUGCACAAACCUGAGGCUUCUGGGCUUUCUUUUCCCACAAUGAGACUAGAAACUUUCCCUUCCAUUUUCAGCUACCCUUGGUUUGUUAUUAGGGCAAAACCCUAACAACAGAGUUGUGACUAUCCAAACUGUGGUUUAGGGAAACAAGACAGGCUUGGAAAUUGUGCUUUGAGGAUGGCUUCUUUCACUAAACCGUAGUUAAGUUUGACUAGUGUUUCUGGGUUCACCCAUAACAACAAACUGCAGUUAGUUGAAAAUAGAAGCAAAAGCUUCUGAACUCUUCACAGUCCCAGCAAGUUAUAAAGUCUGAGGCUUGUUUGUGUAAUGUUAAGCUAUGAUUUAGCAUUGUGUUUGAAUGCAGCCACUGAAUCAGGAUGUGGAUAAAGAUUUAGAGUGCAAAAAGGAGGAAUAACUAGUGGUCUUUUAGCCCCUCUUUCCCCCUCCCCUUGUCAUAAAUGACAUUCUCUCAGAAGCAGAAAUGUUUUUUCUUCACUGUUGCCCAUGAGUGAAAGCAAAGUAAAAUUAAUGUCCUCUGUCAUUAUAUUAUAAUAAAUAACCUUUCAAUACAGUCACAAAUUUGCAUUAAACCACAUCUGUAAGCAUUAAAUAUAUGGGAGACUCAUUCUGACGUAACGUAAAUAUGCAGUUUUAGACUGGGCAGUGUUUCCCCCUGCUCAAUAAUACACUUCACCUCGUCUCUACAGGAAACCCAGCCUAGGAAAUUCUGAACCACAGUUUGAACCACAUAUUUGUGGAAACUUAGAACUGUUUGGGAUUUUUCCUCACUAGAUCACUUUAAGAAAACCAAGAUGCCUCAAAGCACCCCCCCCCCCCCCCCCCCUCGCUUGUAAAGGGUCAAAGUCAGUGCCUGAUUAAUAUAAGAAAUCAUUAAGGAAAUUCCCACCUUCCACAAAUACUCAUUUACUACCAGCGCUCCACAUUUAGCCCUUCCAAAGGCAGCAGAAAGGCAGAAGUGCAGAGCAGGCAGUGAGCUGAUCAAGUAUGAGAAUGCUAAAGGAAUGGAGUCAGCAAAUUGUUAGAAAAGCAGAACCCAGCACUGUACCACUGUGAAGGAGGAAGUGGGACAAGGGGGUGGCGGGGAUGUAGACAGACAGACAGACAUUCAGAGAGAGAGAGCAGCCAUGAGUGGAAAAGACCAACCAGUGGAAAUGGGUGGCUCCUUGCUUACACAAUCUUCUCAUUUACAGGGAGCUGGUAAAAUCUGGGCUCCUCCCUUGAGGGACUGUGAAGGGUGUCUCCGCACCCCUCACCCUUGUUGACACAAACGUUAACAAGUUCAGGUUAUUUUGGAGCAAGAUGGAAUUUCUAGGCCCUCUAACAGUACACGUACUCUCAAAUGCCACAUUGCCUUGUCAAAAUACUAGCACCAACAUUUGCUGACACCAUCUAUCAAAGUGACAGGAGGAGAAACCGUAUUUCAGGUAGCAUGUUAUCUGGGAGACGUUAGCUUAUAUUAAGGCAAAUGAGUUGUAAGGAGCUACUGGGCCACCUGGAGAGCUCUGCAUUCUGGGGUGUGCCAGAAAGGGUGUGGCAAGUCUACAUGCAGGAAAGAAGAAAGGCAUGUAGUCACCAGCCAACCUGGUAACUGCCUGAAGCAAAAACACUAGAUACAGAAGCCUGGUCAUGAGAUAGUAUCCUCAUCUGAGGCAGCAGACUAAUUUAUAUGGGUAGGCCACCUGCAUGCCCAGUAUUAGAACAUAAGAAGAGCCUGUUGGAUCAGGCCAAUGACCCAUCUAGUUCAGCAUCCUGUCCUCCCUGUGGCCAACUGAUGCUUGUGGGAGCAUGAAAGCAGGACCUGAGCUCAACACCACUCUGUCCACCUGCAGUAUUCACACUUCCUCUGACAGUGAUGGAACAUCACGGCCAGUAGCCAUUGACAGCCUUAUCCUCCGGAAAUUUGUCUAAUCUCCUUUUAAAGCCAUCUGGGUUGGUGGCCAUCACUGCUUCCGUAGUUCCGUAGUUUAACUACCCAUUACAUAGAGAAGUAAUGUAUUUUAUCCCAUCUUGAAUUGUCAAACAUUCAGUGGCAUUUGGAUGUCCAUGAGGUCUAGUGUAACGAGACGGAUAAUAGCUUUUCUCUAUCUGCUUUCUUCAUAGGGGAGUUGUUCCAUCCCCUUGAUCAUUUUCACCGGUGACAAAAAAGAUGAAUGACUGGGGAGGAACAGCUGGAGGCUGUUGCCAUUCCCCCCAACAUCUGUUGCCUGGGGUGCUUGCUUACUCUGUCUAAUGACAGGUCCAGGCCCAACAAUUCUGAUUGGAAGCUCUUCCUGUAGAGACCUGUUCUCUUAUACUUUGUAAAAUGGCAUGCCCAUUUCUAGUUUAAGGAAAGUGGUGGUGUCGCUCCUGCAAUCUAUUGGGGGGCACAGCGUGACCUAGUUGUGGGUCAUGACUCACCAACUGAAGGUCAAUAGUUUUAUAUACUUAUCCUCGUAUUUAGCAUACUCUAUAGAACAGUAGGAAUCAAAAAGGACUGGAAGGUCAUAUGGGAAUUUUGGGGUGAAAUGGUGAAGUGACUUCAAAAGGGAAUGUCUGUUUUACAAAAUAGUCACCAUUCUGCUAAUAAUAAUAAUAAUAAUAACAACAACAACAAUUCAUUAUUUAUACCCCGCCCAUCUGGCUGGGCUUCCCCAGCCACUCUGGGCUGCUUCCAACAAAAUAUUAAAAUACUGUAAUGCAUCAGACAUUAAAAGCUUCCCUAAACAAGGCUGCCUUCAGAUGUCUUCUAAACGUCUGGUAGUAGUUGUUCUCUUUGACAUCCGCUUGCAUCCUUUUAACUACUUUCUUUUUUCUUUUCUUUUUCUUUUUACAGAGACCCAAGAUCUUAAAUGUUGGGAGAUAAAUGUUACGAACUUGAGCCAGUAUCUCUUAAAUGGAAAACAUGAAGAACCUGAAGCAAUUCAAAAAAGCAUUAUUCUCUUUCAAUUGAACUGUUUCUCCAGGAACUGUUAUCCCAUGCCUCCAAUGGCAGCUCAGAAUCCCUUGCUCUCUGUGCCUUAUAUGUUGAACAGAGAAAGAGGUGAUUUCUACACUUGAAAGUAUGGGCUUCACAGAAGUAGAAAGACAGCUGAAAAUUCUGCACUAAAGGAAGGCAAGUUCAUCUUGCAAAACUCAACUUUCUGAUCCCAAUCUUUAACACAAAUGAACUAAUUUUUGUAAUUUUUUCUUUACAUAAUUCUAGCCGUAAAAUGUCUCGUAUUUGGAGCUUUUUCUCUUCUGCAAAGGCCAUUAUACCUCAUGCUCCUUCAGAACUCAUUUGUUCCAAGAAACAAGGCUUUAGCCCCUAGUUCUUUUUAGAAAUAAUUUGCUGUACUUCUUUCUGAGUCCUUGCAGAAGUGUUGGCGUAAACUCUACUGCUUUGAGAGCAGUAUCUUAAAAUACAGCCCGUAGAAUACACUUCUCAGUGCAAUCCCAGUUUAUGAUCAGUCAUUUAACAGUGUUGAUAGAUAAUAGUAGCAUACUUAGCUGAUCACAACUCUAAAGAGAUAUCCCCAGCCACCCCCUAGAUUUACUCUAAGGACUGCACACAUCACAUUUAUAAAGACAUGUAUGAGGGAAAAUGUGUACCCUAGUGCUCUGUUGGAUGUGAAGAUGCCACAUGGUUGUAGACUCGUGCUCACUAUGGACAUGGCUUUGUGGUUUUUUUACAGCAAUGUGGGGGGAUAUUUAUUUGGAUUUAUAGUUUAUCAGACUUGAGGGCUCAGGUGGCCACGAGUUUCAGUUCUGUAAAAGAAUGACAAUAAAAACAAAUGAUAUAAGGAGAUCCAGAAGGAGAGAAAAUUAAAAAGGAGGAGGCAAUAUUCCCAAACCCUCUCUAAAUAUAUAUAAAUAUCAUAUGUGAAAUAACCCUUAUUGGGGAGGAGAAAAGGCUAAAGAGUAAAUCCAAAGUGGUCCCAAAGGCAGUUGGAUGGUGUCUUGUCUGCCCCCUUCUGGCAACUCCUGCAGCCAAGCUGGUGCCAAAUGUAUUGCUUUGCUUUGGACCACAUCAGCAAGGCCAAGAGGGGGGUCUUAUUGUCUGGGCAGCCCAGGCCCUCCAUGCAAACGGCUCAGACUUGCACCCCAGAGAGGUUUCCUUUCAGUUCUUUAUUACAAUAACCAAAAAGUUUCUAAUUCAGACAGUGAUUCUAACAAUGUCGACUCAUUGAAGGCUUAUUGAAUUCAAUGGGGCUUACUCCCAGGUAAGUGGAGUUAGGAUUGCAGCAUUAGUCAACAUUAACUCUCCACUGAAAGUUCCUCUGUCUUUUGAUAGCACUUCUCAUAUGAUCCUUGUUGUACAACGAUUUUCGCAGAGGACUUCUUAGAGGAAAGUCUGAAAGCUUUCCUUAUUUUUAGUACUUCAGGGGGGAAAGGCCAGACUUUUCAUUCCCAGACUCUGUAUUAAAGAGGCUCUGUUCAGACCUCUUUGAUUCUGCAGUGAUGUACUUGAGACAUCUACUUUUACUUGUUAACUCUCAGGUUCACUCUACAAAAGCCAUGGUGCAUUUAUUCCAGACUUCCAAAGGUAACUCUCAAAUUGUAAGCAAAGGUCAUCUUCAGUAGGAAAGACAGUUAUGCAUGCUUACCCAUCGAAAUGGGCUUUAGGGCUUCUAACUCUCUGCUGGACUAUCACCAUCCCCCCCCCAAGUGAUUUCUUAUUUUCAGUGCUUUUUUGGGUAAUUCUGCAUGAACACAAGAAACAAAACUAUUCUUGAAUAUAUACUGUUGCUGGCAAUUGUAUGCAUCACACAUAUUUUCUAUAAGAAAAUAUAUUCAAUAUUUUUCUUAAUGUACUGUAUGUUAGAACCUGCUCCUAAGAUAUGGCUAUGUAAUUAUUGUAUUCCAUUAUUGUUUUCAUUUAUUAUAUGUAUAAAUAUUUAAAUGUACAUAGAACUUAAGGUAAUUAGUCAGAAAGUGUGGCAUUUUCAUUUACCAUUUCAGUUGCUAUUUUCCCCCACUGAUUGUAAGAAUAGCAGAUUAUUAGGGACUAAUUUUUGGAGCAAUAUUCAAUGGUAGGCAUCCUCAGAGUAGACCCACUGAAAUUUGUAUACUUAAGGUUAUCGAUUUCACUGUGUGUACUUUGAAGAUGACUGAAGUUGGCUAUCAACAAAAGAAUUAUUAUUAUUUUUCUGUUUUGCCAGUAGGAAAAUAGAGAAUAAGAGCACAGAUGUCUCUUGAGAUGAGGUGGUUCUAUUUCAGUGAAAAUGGUUGGAUUUUUCUAAAACUGUAUGUUAGUGAGAAGAAGAAUGUGUCGUAAGACAUGCAAUGUACAGUUUCUUCUUGUUAGAAUAUAAAUGUUACUUAAAGGGCUGCAGAAUUAAGGAGUGGUUUGGCUAACAAGUAUUGUGCUUUCUCAUCUAUUUCAGCUGCUUAAAUAAUGCAGCACAAUAUUCAACCCUUGGGGCGCAGUGAAAGGUGCAAUAAAAUAAGAUUUCUCAUUUAUAGAAGAAGUGCAAUGCUUUUUUAUGAUCUAUAGAGGUAGUGCAGGUUUUUUGUGAACUUUUUCAAGAACAGAACGUAUAGCACUGAUUUUACAGAUUUUUAAAGAAAGCUUUAGAAAUAUAGUUACUUAAACUUUUGUGGCAUUAAGGAUGCAAUCUUAAAGAAUACUUACUUGGAAGAGACUUUUAAGCAGAUAUGCUUAGGAUUUGCCUUUGUCUUCCUGCUCCUGGUUGCUUGCAAUUAAUGUGGAGUGGAGUGCAUUUAUUCCCGUAAGCUUAAACAUGCUUUUUUACUCAAUAUUGUGUUAAGGCUGUAAGUUCUGUACUGUACACAUUCACCUGGAAGAAAGGACUCUUAAACUCAAUGGGACUUUCUUCUGAGUAGACAUAUAGAGCACUGUACAGCAUAAAACAUAUACAUACAAUUUUUCAAAUGGGAGAAGUGUGCAGGGGAGGAAGGAGAAUGCUAAUGACUUCCAAGCCAUAGAGGACCAGAUUUUUCUAUCCUGAGUGCCUCAUCCCAAAGCUUGUAAAUGCCCACUGCUGGAGGCAGGAACUGCAGUGCUUCCGAUCCUUCUUCUCAGGUUGGGAUCCUUAUUUUUUUACUGCCGCUGAAACACGUUUUCCAGUGAUGAAGAUGAAUUUUCUUUCUCUGAUAAAUAAAGCAUUUUUGUUCAUUGUGUA